UGAAAGUCUGAAGAGCGGAUGGGAGCUGCUGGCGAUAUGUCUAUACUUUUUCUCUCCGUCACCGAAAUUUCAUCCUUUUCUGGAGAGCUACAUCAGUAAACAUCGAGAGUCUCAAUGUAACAGUGACAAUAUUCCGUCCCCUGAAAUGUCUGCCGACUGUUUGCGGAGACUAAAGAGGGCGCAGAAAAUUGUGUCGAAAACUGCCGUCCAUAAACCAACAAUAGAGGAGUUGGAACAUGCAAAGGCAACAAUCUGCUGCCCGACCAUGUUUGGAAACAUGCUGGAGGAUAUUAUGUUACUGCAGAAGGACAGAUACCCAGACAGACAGUUGCCUUGGAUACAAACUGUGUUGUCUGAGGAAAUUCUCAGAUUACAUGGAACACAAACGGAGGGAAUCUUCAGGGUGUCGGGUGAUAUGGAUGAAGUGAACAGUAUGAAGACUCAAUGUGACAAGUGGAUUCUGCCCACCGACUGCACGGAUCCUCACAUCCCCGCCUCACUGCUCAAAAUGUGGUAUCGGGAGCUGUUUGAGCCACUGAUUCCUGCCCAGUUUUAUCAAGCUUGUGUAGACAAUUUCUCCAAUCCUGAAGCCGCCAUAGCCAUAGUCUACCAGCUUCCACGCCUCAACCACCUGGUUCUGUGUUACCUCAUUCGCUUCUUACAGGUUUUCGCUUCUCCAGAAAAUGUUGCAUUUACCAAGAUGGAUGUCAACAACUUGGCAAUGGUGAUGGCUCCCAGCUGCCUGCGAUAUGAAAGCGACGACCUUCUAACUAUAUAUGAACAUGUGCAGAAAGAGAUGGGGUUUAUCCGGACAUUGAUACGAUAUUUGGACACAAGUUUUAUGGAGGGAAUCCUAUGA